CAAAACGUGCACAGCGUUUAAAUGUUCUAAUAAACCCCUUUUUCUCAUUUUCUUUCUAUUUUUCUUCUUCUUCUUCUUCUUCGUUUCAGUUGGCAGUGCAGAGAGCUCUGACAGUGGCGUUCCCUUUUCUCAUCCUCCCAGGCCCAUUUGCUGCUUUUGAUUUGAAGAGGAUUCUACCAUUGGACUUCUUAAAUUGCUAUGAUCCAGGCCUUCUUCGCUAUUCUGGAAGGCAACUGGAACCUUAUUCUUCCCUCAUUUGGAAUGUUCUAAAGUCAAGUAUGUCUGGUGACCGGACUUUCGUAGAUGGGGACGCUUCUUCUGGGUCUGGCGAGGAAGCAAACAUGUUAGAUGGCCACAAUAAACACCAUACUGUGAUUCCUCAUUCAGGGCGGCACAAGAGAAGUCGUAAGGCAACGGGUGAUGCUAUUGUAGAUGCUAUGUUGGAGAUAGCUGCAGCCUCAAAGAUGAGAGCUGCUGCAAUCAUGAGAAAUGAGGAGCGUUUUACCAUAAGCAAAUGCAUAAGAAUAUUGGACGAGAUGCAAGGUGUUGAUCAAACAGUAUACUUUUAUGCUUUGGAUUUAUUUGAAAAUCCCUCAGCAAGAGAAACUUUCAUAUCUCUUAAAAGCGAGAGGCGAUUAGCAUGGAUGCAAGGGAAGUUUAGAGCAUCCACAAGUUCAGCAACCUGAGGAGGUUGAUUUUUAUUUUCAACUUUUUUCUUUUCUGCACAUUUUUGCAAUCGGGUAUAUUCUCUAAAUAUAUGUAUACCAACUCUAGCAUUGUUUUUCUGAAUGUGGCCCCUGUACUUAGCUUGAUUUUGUGGUCGAAUGUGCUAUGGGAAAUGCUUUAUGGUUUAUUCAUUUUUCA